AUCUGAUGUAGAUAGCGCUAGCUGUAGCUGUGAUCAGCAACUAAAUUAAGUUAAAUUAUUUUGGUCAAUUUUUCAUUUAUAUUUGCAAACAAUCUUUAGAGUAUUUUAAUAUGCAGUCUUCAAAAUUACCUUUACCAAAAUUUCCUUCACCCAUUGAGAGCGAUGAAUCAAGCGACUACUCGACUAUUCAACCAGAUGGACGAAUCCGCUCCUAUCCUCAUGUCCGUGGCCAAUGGACAACUUUUGUAUACAGUGAAUUGCCUGAUGACUCUUUAAUUGAUUUGAGUGAUUGUAUUAGCUCCUGUGGUUCUGAUAUUCAGCUGAUUGAAAACAUUCACGUUUCAAUGGUACGAGGUCAUUAUGCUCUAUCAUUUCAUCAGAUAACACCUUUUGUUACAGGUUUAAGAGAUAAACUGUCAAUUUGUCAGGCCUUUGACAUUUACUUGUCAGUAUUCAAAUUGUUUACCAAUGAAGAGUCUACCAGAUCUUUUAUUUGCCUUUGUGAACCCAAAUUAAUGGUAGAUUCAGUGAACACCAGGACUUCUCGUUAUGUACUUGAUUUAAUCAAACAAACAUUGGAUGAUUACAACGCCAAAGUCGAAUCAACAAUUGCUCCUUCGAACCAAAAUCUUUGCCUUGAUGACUUUACUUUUCAUACAAGUAUAGCUUGGUGUUUGCCUGGAGCAGAUAAAUCAGCUUCAAAUUUAAUUGCACAGCUAAACGAACUAUUGGAUGAACCGAUCAAAGUUCACGUUGAUACAAUAAAGAUUAAUACUGGUAACAUUUGUCACACGAUAAGCCUUAAAGAUAGGACAUAGUCAAAAAUUAUCUCAUUUGAUAGUUAUAACUGAACCCAAAUUAAAUUUAACCAUUAAAUGGUUCAGAAAAUCACUAAAUCACUGAUAA